AUGGCAGACCCUUGCGAGAUCUUCCUGGGAGGCCUGCCGCACGAGCCCAGGGAGCGUCUGGGAGACUUGGAGCUCGCUUUGCGCACGGCACUGGAGGACUUUGCUGCAACCUUCACCGAUACUGAGAAUGCACAGGUUCGCAUUCGACUUCACAGUUCCUGGAGGACAGAAGGUGUUGGACUUGGCUAUGGUUUCGCCUGGCUGUCCAGCUCCGCAGCCGCCCAGCUCUGUGCGGAUGGCCAAGUGCAGUAUCGGCUGCGAGGUGACAGCUGCACUUGUUGGGUUCGGCCAGCCCGCGGCCACAAAGAGGGUCGCGCGGCGCCUUCAAAGGUGCAGCAUGACGCGUGUCUAGAAAUCACUUGCUUUAGUGACCUGGAUGAGGCUUUAAUCCUCCAAGCAGUGCAGAGAUGGCAGACUUUUUUGGACCCAUGGAAAGUGGGUAUCGACUUCUGCCAUACAGCUGUGGGCGUUGCCGGCGCCGCGCUGCCACCGGUGAAAGCCGGGGAUGGCAUUGUUGUGGUGGGUCUGAAGAGCGGAGCCUUUCCAGAGACCUGGCGGGCUCCAUUGCAAGCCACGAAAGCUCCAGUGUUGAUCUUGGCUGCAGGUGAAGAUGGUGACGCUUUUGACGUCGUCUCCUGGCGCGAAGUGCAGGUAGAUCCAGGCGCCGCCGCGGCGCCUGGUGCCCUGGUCUUCUACGCCCUGCGCCGCGCUGUGGCGUGGCAUCUCAGAGAGCGACUGAAAGUCUUCGUGUGUGAUUGCGAUCAAACUUUGUGGGGCGGUGUGGUGGCCGAAGACGGACUGCAUCAGCUGGAUAUGACGGGGCCCUUUGGACUUCUGCAGACAAAGGUGGCACGUCUUCAGGAGUCAGGACGUUUGGUUUGCCUGGCUUCCCGCAACGAUGAGGAGGAUGUCUUGCGAGUCUUUUCGGAACGGGCCAUUUCCAUGGCUCUGAAGAAGGAGCAGUUGGCAGCGUGGCAGAUUCAUUGGGGCUCCAAAGCAACGAGCCUACGACGUCUUGCCUCCGAACUCCGUUUGGGUUUGGAGGCCUUCGUUUUUCUGGACGACAAUCCCAUGGAGCUCGAAAGUGUCCGUCAGCAGCUGCCAGAGGUGAUCACCCUGUCCAUCCCUUCGGAUCGCGAAGCUUUCAGCGACCUCCUAGGCAGACAUUGGGCCUUGGACCGCUGGAAAGGCAGCCUCACUGCAGAGGAUACCCAACGCACACAGAUGUAUCGCGAGCAGGUCUUGCGCAAAGCCGCGAGGCAACAGGCUCCGAGUUUCGAGGUCUUCCUACAGCAGCUGCAGGUCCGGAUUGAUUUGCGGAGACCCAAUGCUUCAGAGAUGGCGCGUGUGUGUCAAUUGUCACAACGGACCAAUCAGAUGAACUCAACCCAGCUUCGCUUCGCGAAUGAAGAACUCUUAAAGGACUGGGCCGCAGGUGAUGGUCGAUGGAUCCUGGCCGCCUGGGUCUCUGAUCGCUACGGGGACUACGGCUUAGUAGCCUGCGCCUUCUGUUCCACCGCUGCAGAGGCAGCGCUGGUGGAGUGCCUCUGCAUGUCCUGCCGCGUCCUUCACCGUGGCGUCGAAGAGAAAUUGCUGGCGAAGAUCGCCGCAGAAGCGGAGGAGCAAAGCCUGGAGCAGGUGUUGAUCCCGCUGCUUCGCAGUCCACGAAAUGACCUCAUGCUGAACUUCCUGAAUCGCGUCGCAACAUGGGCUGAGGUCGCCCCGGCCAGUGAAGGCUCCCUGGUUCCCGUGGGGCGCCACAAAGGGCGCGGCAGCCUGGCACCGGCCAUGCGCCUGGCUGCACGGAAGUUGAAGGACUUGGAAGGCCAACACACCUCCUCCGAGCUCGACGACGCCCAAUCAACGACGGAGGGUCCCGCGGCCGCCGCGGUGUCUCCCGCGGUGGAGUGGUCGGAGCUGCUGGGUGCCUUGGACCUGAAGGUUGCCUCGCAAGACUGGAUCCCUGGCAACUGCCGGCAAUCGAGGUACGAGUUGGCUGCAGCGGGGGCACCUUAUGUGGUCACCACUUCCAGAAGCGGACGCAUUGCCGCGGGGCAGCCAGAACUGGUGCAGUUGCAGGAAAACUUGCGCCAGAUGUGCACGCACUACAAUGCGAAGAUCGAUGGUUGUGACAUUGCCGCCCUAACCGACCUGUUCCAGUGGAUGCAACGUCCCGAGACGCAGGCGGAGGACGUUGACCUCUUCGGCACCUGCUUGGGGACGGUGGGUAAAGCUCCAGCUCUGAUGAGCUCCGACGAUGUCCAGAAACUGAAAUCGACCAGGGAUCAUAUGCAAGAGACCUGCAAUCUCUUGGAAGAGGAGCUGAAGAAUGGCCCGUCUGCACAGCAUGAAUGGCAGCUGAGGGAAAUGAAGAAGAAGGUUGUGAAGCUGGAUGAGGUCCUUGGAAAGAUGAACCCAUGAGCCGCUGCGGAGCGAACAGCAGAUCACAUGGCUGUCGGUCGCGUGUUAAACAGUACAUACCCUCUGGUUAUUUAACAUAGCCAUUGAAAAUGGC